CGGACAACGCAUGCGCACAUCGUUCGCUUCCUGACAGCUGACACAACAACAGCAGAAACUCACCUGUCCCUGUGUUUCCUUCACUUCCUGUGUUUUUUUGUGUUUUUCUGUGUUUUCUGGAACCGUGUUGGCCCGCGGCUCGUUCCCGGGUCGCCUCGUGUCUCUCCAUGCGCGCUCCCGUGUGCGUGGCGCUGUUCGUCUGGCUGCUGAGCGACGCGGCGGCGCGCCAGUUCACUGAGGAGGAGAUGGCAGCGGUCAGACAGCGCAUCAAAGCCAUGUUCUACCACGCCUACAACAGUUACCUUGACAACGCUUUCCCCUACGACGAGCUCCGCCCACUCACCUGUGACGGACAGGACACCUGGGGCAGUUUCUCGCUCACUCUGAUUGAUGCCCUUGACACUCUGCUGGUUUUGGGAAACAGCACAGAGUUUCAGCGCGUGGCGUCGCUUCUCCAGGACACCGUGGACUUUGAUAUUGACGCCAACGCCUCCGUGUUCGAAACCAACAUCAGAGGUAGUGUGUGUGAAUGUGUGGGUGAGUGUGUGUGUGUGUCUGUGUGUGUGUUGUUCAGCAUCACGUCUCCUAAACCUGCGUGA